AUGGAAGCCUCAAGCUCAACUCUUGUAUCAACAUUACAUUGCUCAGGGUGCGAUCAUACACAAUCUAUUAGUGAAUUUAUUAGCCCUGGAGCAAACAAUACUAUAAAGCAAUAUCGAACUUGUGCCCACUGCCGCAGUAGAACCACACAGCUAAAAAGAAAUAAAAAAAAAAGGCAGCUUGAAGAUGAUCCGGAGGAAGACACUAUAGACGAAAAUACUUUGGAGGAAGUAAUUGAUUUAAAUAACCUUGAAGAUUUUAUCAUCCAAAUCAUCGAUUUGUAUAAAUUACAAUCUGAAGGUAAUCUAGAAAAUAUGCCGCCAUUUCAUUUUGAAUGUAACAUAGAUAUCUCAACUCUAAAUAAAUCUACAAGAGAGGUGGCAAAUGAACUGAUAGUGGGUAUUGAAAAUGUCGAUGAAUUCAAAUGGAUUUAUCAUCAAUCUUACCUAUCACAAUUAUGA